AGAAUGUUGUGAUUAAAGUUUCGGUUUCCAAGAGGGAAAAUAUGGGUAAUCUGAGGCGUAGAUGACUGAUAUUCAACAUUUAAUACAUCCUCAUCAUAUAUUUACCCGAGCAGACCCUGUUAUUUUUUCUCUCAUAUAUGUAAACUAAUUACGUGAUUUAUGACCAACCUUAUGGUCUUGUCAUCGUCGACGAGAUGGAAGAUUUCGGAUUCAGAAUGGAGGAGUCGCCUGUGUAGACUGACUGAAAUGGCAUGAAUGAUUGGGCCAAACACUAACCGUGUUCGUUACUAUCGUGAAUAAAUAUUACAGAAAAAUAAGGAGAGUGUAAACAUGGAUUGUGCGGCGCUGGAACAGGAUGCCAUAAAAUUCGCGAAAUCGGCUGUCUUAAAUGACCAAAAGGGAAAAUAUAAUGAAGCAGUGUUUUAUUACAAGGAGGCGGCCCAGGCGCUGAUAUACGCGGGAAUGGCUGGGUCCAAGCUGGAGAACCUCCAGGACAAAGUCAACGAGUAUCUGGACCGGGUUGAGGCUCUGCACAACGCAGUGCAGGCACAGAGCAGCGACCCCCUCAAAUCCAAGCACCAGCUGGACCUGGAGCGGGCCUAUUUCCUGGUGACCCAGGCCUUCGAGGAGGAUGAGAAGGGCAACAGCGACGAGGCCAUUGAGCUUUACACGCAAGCGGUGGAGCUGUGCAUACAGGCAUCCAAUGAGACGUCAGACCAAGGCCUGCAGGGGAAGCUGAAGCAGCUGGCGCGCCAGGCUCUCGACCGAGCGGAGGCGCUGAAGGACUCCAUGUCCAAAGGCGCCCCACGGGACAAGCCAGGCCCCUCCGGACCCAAGCCCAGUAACCAGGUGAGGCAGUAUCUGCCCCUGGGCCCGGACUUCUCCCUGCAGGACCGGCCGCAGCCCGUGAGGCCUGUCCAGUCCAGCGAGCCACAGGGCCAGCGCUACACAGCCGAGGAGAUCGAAGUGCUCAGGAGCACUUCCAAGAUCAACGGGAUAGAAUAUGUGCCCUUCAUGAGUGUGGACCUCAAGGAGCGUUUUGCCUUCCCAGUUCCAUUCUCAGACAAGUGUGGCAAGCUGGCCCUGUCUCCUAAGCAGAAAGCCAUUUUCUCCCGCUGGGUUCGACCUGAUGAUAUCUGCAACAACCCAACUAUGAUCUACACUGUGUCCAGCUUCAGCAUCAAACAGACCGUUGUGUCAGACUGCUCCUUCGUGGCUUCUUUAGCCAUCAGUGCAGCAUACGAGAGACGGUACAACAAGAAAUUAAUCACAAGCAUCAUCUACCCCCAGAACAGGAAAGGUGAGCCGGAGUACAACCCCUGUGGGAAAUACAUGGUCAAACUGCACAUCAACGGUGUCCCCAGGAAGGUGAUCAUUGAUGAUUACUUACCUGUGGACCACAACGGAGAGCUGUUGUGCUCAUACUCCAGCAACCGCAAUGAGCUGUGGGUCUCGCUCAUUGAGAAGGCUUACAUGAAGGUCAUGGGGGGGUACGAUUUCCCCGGCUCCAACUCGAACAUUGAUCUACACGCACUCACUGGCUGGAUCCCAGAGCGCAUUGCCAUGCACUCAGACAAUCAGACCUUCAGCAAGGACGACACCUUCCGCAUGCUCUACCAGAGGUUUCACAAAGGCCAUGUCCUUAUCACCACAGCAACAGGGGUGAUGACAGAGGAGGAGGGCGAGAAGUGGGGCCUGGUGCCUACUCACGCCUACGCUGUUCUGGACAUCAGGGAGUACAAGGGGAAGCGCUUCCUCCAGCUGAAGAACCCUUGGAGCCACCUGAGGUGGAAGGGCCGCUUCAGCGAGCGAGACGAGAAGAGCUGGACCCCAGAGCUGCUCAAGUACCUCAACUUUGACCCCAAAACUGCGCAGAAGUUUGACAACGGUGUGUUCUGGAUUACCUGGGAGGACUUGUGCCAGUAUUAUGAUGUCAUCUACCUGAGCUGGAGCCCUGCCCUGUUCAAGGAAUCCUCCUGCAUCCACAGCAGCUGGGAUGCGAAGCAGGGCCCUGUGAAGGAUGCUUACAGUCUGGCCAAUAACCCUCAGUACAAGCUAGAAGUGCAGUGUCCACAAGGGGGCGCUGCAGUCUGGGUGCUGCUUACCAGACACAUCACUGACAAGGAUGACUUUGCUCAAAACCGGGAGUUCAUCACCUUAGUUGUGUACAAGACGGAUGGGAAGAAAGUCUACUAUCCCACUGAUCCUCCACCCUACAUCGAUGGGAUUCGGAUUAACAGCCCACAUUACCUGACCAAAAUGAAGCUGACCAGCGCUGGUACCCACACCUUCACCCUGGUGGUGUCCCAGUAUGAGAAACAGAACACCAUCAACUACACGCUGAGGGUAUAUUCUGGAUGUAAGUUUACUUUCUCGAAGAUCCCAACACCCUUCACCCAUACCAAGAGGAUAAAUGGGCAGUGGAAGGGUGCCAGUGCCGGGGGCUGUGGGAACUACAAAGACUCCUACAAAAACAACCCCAUCUACCAGUUCAACCUGGAGAAGACAGGGCCUCUGCUGAUUGAGCUGAGAGGCUCCAGGCAAUACAGCGUGGGGUUUGAGGUCCUGACGGUGUCCACCAUGGGGGACCCAGGACCUGCUGGCUUCCAGAAGAAGAGCAGUGGAGAUUACCGGUGUGGUUUCUGCUACAUGGAGGCUGACCACGUCCCUGCUGGCAUCUACAAUGUCAUCCCCACCACCUUCCUGCCCAAGCAGGAGGGCCCUUUCUUCCUGGAUUUCAGCAGCGCCAUGCCCCUCCGGGUGUCCCAGCUCCAGUGAGGGAUGCCCCACAGACCGAGGAUCCCCUGCUUCACCACGGUGAGGUGGUGCUUGACACCCCCCCAAAGUCAAAUCUAAUGGAUGAGUGGACUGUAGGUGGCGCUCUUGGUACCUCAUGGGAUAGAGCUGUGGACAUGUUCUUAAACCAAAAACAAUAAAUCUAUCAAAGGGACUCUUGGGUGAGAGGUUACCCCUGCCAAAUAUGGUGUAGUUUCAUCACCGUUCACCGUUAGAUUCCCCUGGGUACACCAGCUUGUCAAUCAUGUUCUCUGGCCUCAUCCACAGCCAAACAGCAGAUGAUGUACUCACACCUAUUCAUGAUUAGUCUGCAGUAUGUGAAUCUUGACCUUACCGACAGCCACCGCAGUCCCAAGGUAAAUCGUUUCCACGGUAAUAAAUGAAGCAAUGCCUAGGCAAGCAUUCAAAACUGCCAUUGCUAACUUUUCUCAGGAGACUGAAACAAGCACAGGGAGUCCUGUGUGUUUUUUUUUUUUUUAAGAUGAUGUCCUCUUUGCUCAGCGGCUUAAUUGAUGCACUUGAAGAUUUUUUUUUUCUCCUCAGAUGUAUAAAUAUAAGUACAUGUUAUUUCUCAGAUACAGAAUGAUAAGUACAUGUUAUACUUCAGCGUGGCCUGCUUUUCAAAGGGCUUUCUGAGUCACUUUAACGUUCUGCAGAAGCGGUUGGUAUGACUUCUGAUGCAUGUUAGCUCAUUACCGCAGUGCAGUCUGCAGACUCAGCCCGCUUACUGAGGCAUUGUGGGAUCUGUGGACCGACUCUUGCCAAAAGGGUGAAACAAAUGUACGGGUCUCUUCUCUUUCACUGUAGGCACUCAGUUGCUUGAGGUCCUACAUCUUUUUUUUAAUUGUUUAGUUCAUAAACCUCGCAACAAAUGAUGCGAGUCCUUGACACAGAAUUCUCUGACGCGAAGUGUAUUGAUGCAUGAAUAUGUUCAUAAGGGAAGGUUAGAAAUGAUUUAUUUUCUGAUAGUUGUGCACAGAUGCUCCAAAAAAAAGUAUUUGUUAUCCACUUAAGGGACUGACUGCUCUCAAUCAGAUAAACAUCUAUAGAUAAACAGAUUAAUAUACGGUACUGCCGAGCUCUGCAUUAGACUUGCAGCGGUGCACUGUUUUCCCCAGGGCCCUUUUCCUCUUAUUAUUUCUCCUUGUGGGCUUCCAUCUUUUCUAAGGGCAGCUUUACCCAUUUCAUAAAACAUCAAAUGUCACUUUCCGAUUAGGAUCCAAUUUUAAUUUAUUGUACUGGGUUUCUUCCAUUCUGAGACGAGACUUCGUGGGAAUGUGAAAGGUGGGUGUAUUUAAGCAGAAUGCAGCAUGGCUGUUUUGCUUCUGCAGUUGUAUAGUGCAUAGCAAUCUGAAGGUGGAUCAGCUUUCACUAAAAAUGUAUUAUGUUUAACGCUGUGCUAGAAGGAAAAGUGAAUUUUUAAAUCAGGACUCCACUAUUUAAAAGGACACAUUUUUUAAAAUGGAUAAUACACUAUAUUGGGACACUUAACGCAACAGCAGCCCUUGGAAAGCCAAAUCGGUCAUUGUUUCUGCUGUGUUGACUUGCCCUAGUUUGGCUGCUAGAGAAUGGCUGGAAUCAGCAGGACGUUACAGCCGUAAUGAAAGUCACAGGAUGAAGUAAAAACAGCUUCUGUAAGCACCAGAAAAAGCAAAACGUUUUUAUGGUGGGGGAUUUCUAAAUGAAGCCACCGCUCAGUCCACAGAUUGGCAUCCUUCUGCCUGUUUGACAGGGAUGCAGGAAGCCCACAUGGACCAGAGCCUGACCCUGAUUGGUCCUGGCCAGAUGGGUGGGUGGGACUUGAGUCCGUAGUGAAGACAGCUGACGGCUUUGUGCUCCAGUCCGCAGGGCAUUUGCAGCAUCAGAGAUUAAUGCGCUGUUGUUGGGUGGAGACUCGCAGGGAGGAAGCAGGGAACGAACCGGCUGUUCUGCACAGGCAUGGAUCUUCCACUGGCCAGGGGAAUUCAGACUCAAUACAGAAGGUCAGACCUGGGUGACCUGUUCAACAGUGUACAGGCCCCAGUGAGAACCUUGAGAAUUACAGAGCUGCUUCGAUCAGUGAAGUUAAAGGGCUCGUGUGACCUACUUCAUUGAUCACGUCGCUCUCUUAAUGGCCGCAACGCCUCCAGUGGAAGAGCCCAGACCCAAACAGCAUGUUUAUUCUCACUGUAUCACAGCAGCAGCUGGGACUUUUAUUCAUCCCUCUAAUUGAUCAAGAGCAAGAAACUGUAGAGCUUUCAGAUUGCUCAGAGGUUAAUGCCUUUUGCCCUGAAUGCAAGCUGAGCUCAACAGCCUGGGUUUGAUCCCAAACAUGGCAUCAGCUAACAAUGACUGGGAGCCGACAGUGGCAAAACAAAAUCACUUUAUUCAGCCAAGGACAGGGAGUAUGUCAGCGGGGGCUGCUCAUCUCACCAUUCGUAGACUCGCUCCUUUUUAUCAGGCUCCUACUGUCAACUGGAUGAUGUCAACAGAGUCGCACUUACGCUCCAAUGAGUUCCCGCUCUGCUCGAGUGUGUUGUGCGGCCAGCAGUGCCAGACAUUGCCGGUAGUUACAUGCAAGCGUGUCAGAGGUUUGCAUUUGUCUCACCUAAUAGUUCCUGCAAGAAUGUAGUGGCUGUUGUGGUGACAUGAGCCUACAACUGUAUACAAUUCACAAUUCCAAAACUGAGUAGCACAAAGGGGGGGAAAGUGUAACAAAGAAAAUGUAUGUAUUGGAUCAUUUUUUCUUGAAUAAAAUGUAUUAA